CCCUCCGCGCCUCCCCGUCGGUGUAAACACGCACACCCUCCCGGUUACCGGAGGAAGAUGGCAGAGCGGCAGAAGCACGACGGCGGGGUGAAGAUCGGCCAUUACCUGCUGGGGGACACGCUCGGUGUGGGGACGUUCGGCAAAGUGAAGAUCGGCCAGCAUCAGCUGACGGGACACAAAGUGGCCGUGAAAAUCCUCAACAGGCAGAAGAUCCGCAGCCUGGACGUGGUGGGGAAGAUCAAACGAGAGAUCCAGAACCUCAAACUGUUCAGACACCCGCACAUCAUCAAGCUGUACCAGGUGAUAAGCACUCCCACUGACUUCUUCAUGGUGAUGGAGUACGUGUCUGGAGGCGAGCUGUUUGACUACAUCUGCAAACACGGACGAGUGGAGGACACGGAGGCCCGGCGUCUCUUCCAGCAGAUCAUCUCGGCCGUGGACUAUUGCCACAGGCACAUGGUGGUCCACAGAGACCUGAAGCCAGAGAACGUCCUGCUGGACGCCAACAAGAACGCCAAGAUAGCCGACUUUGGUCUGUCCAACAUGAUGUCAGACGGGGAGUUCCUACGGACCAGCUGUGGCUCCCCGAACUACGCUGCCCCCGAGGUCAUCUCAGGAAGGUUGUACGCGGGCCCAGAGGUGGACAUCUGGAGCUCCGGGGUGAUCCUGUACGCCCUGCUGUGCGGCACGCUGCCCUUCGAUGACGAGCACGUGCCCACGCUGUUCAAGAAGAUCAGAGGAGGCGUCUUCUACAUGCCGGAGUACCUGACCCGACCCGUGGCCUCGCUGCUCAAGUUCAUGCUGCAGGUGGACCCUCUGAAGAGAGCCACCAUCAAAGACAUCAGGGAACACGAGUGGUUCAAGCAGGACCUACCGGGCUACAUGUUCCCCGAGGACCCCUCGUACGACGCCUCGGUGCUGGACGAGGAGGCCGUGAGGGAGGUGUGUGAGAAGUUUGAAUGCACCGAGUCGGAGUUCAUGUCCAGCCUGUACAGCGGGGACCCUCAGGAUCAGCUGGCGGUCGCCUAUCACCUCAUCAUAGACAACCGGCGCAUCAUGACCGAGGCCAGCGAGUUCUACCUGGCCUCCAGCCCCCCCCAGGGCUCCUUCAUAGAGGAGGGCAUGCCGCUGCCCCCCGGGGUGAAACCCCACCCGGAGAGGAUGCCCCCGCUGCUGGCCGACAGCCCCAAGACCCGCUGCCCCCUGGACGCGCUCAACACCACGCGGCCCAAACCGCUGGCCGUGAAGAAGGCCAAGUGGCACCUGGGCAUCCGGAGCCAGAGCCCCCCCCACGACAUCAUGGCCGAGGUGUACCGGGCCAUGAGGCAGCUGAGCUUCACCUGGAAGGUGGUGAACCCGUAUCACCUGCGGGUGCGGAGGAAGAACCCAGUGACCGGGACCUUGGUGAAGAUGAGCCUGCAGCUGUACCAGGUGGACAGCAGGUCCUACCUGCUGGACUUCAAGAGCAUCGACGAUGACAUCAUGGAGGCGGCGGGCUUCAAGUCGGGCACGUCCACCCCCCAGAGGUCGGGCUCCACGGCCGGCCUCCACAGACCCAGACUGAGCAUCGACUCGGCCCCCGACCUCCUCCAGCUCAGCUCCUCCCUCCCCGGCUCGCUGUCCAGCAGCGCCCCCCUGCUGCCCCCCCGCCAGGGGUCGCACACCAUGGACUUCUUUGAAAUGUGCGCUAGUCUGAUCACCACGCUGGCCCGCUGAGACCGGAUGCCAACGUGGGGGGGGGUCUAUUAGCUGAUGCCCCCCAUCCCCUCUGACACUGACUGGACGUCAGUUUUGCUUAUUUUCUUAUCAGUUGAUAUUAAUCUGAGGGAAGGACACCACUUAUUAAAUUGAUAUUUUAUGGCCUUUUAUAUUUAUACUACAAUCAUUAGCAGAAUAGAAGAAACAACAGACUUUAUACACCAGAAAGAGGAUGAUUAUUAUUUAGAUAUCAGAGCCCUGUUUAUUUUUCUAGGCGCUGUAGUUUGAUCCUUUCAGCACGUUAUGAUGUAAGAAGGUUAAUAAGCCGGGACGUCCCAACAACAGAUAUAUUGUUGUUGUUAUGAGUGUUCAAACACACAAACAUCCUAUGAACACGCAGCACACACACACACACACUCGCGCUCUCAUGCGUGUACAGAAUGUCAUUAAACGAGUUCCACAAGAGACGUUGUGUAUCGGCCGCAGGGACAGAACACAGAAACCGUAAAGAAUGCAGAGUGUGUGUGUGUGUGUGUGUGUGUGUGAGUAAUUUGUCGUUGUUUCUGGUUGAUACAUGUUUGUUGUGUGUCUGUCUAAUUGCCCCCGUGUGUCCCAGAGACGGACGUAGUUACUCAUCCGGUCCUGACCGUGUUACCUGAGGGAAUCCCCAAAAAAUGAACUUAUUUGUUCCACGAUCAGUCGAACCUGUGAUUGGCGGUCUUGGCGUGUCCCCAUGGCCGACAACCACCCGCUAUGCAUCAUGGGUCAGACGUCGCAAGUCAUGUGACCAGGAUUUACCAUCAGACGUGCUGCUGUACAAUCACAACUGUAUGCAACUAGCAGUGGCACGUUAGUGAGCUCUACUGUGUUCAUCCCUGUGGUGUGUGUGUCUGUGUGUGUGUGUGUGUGUGGGGGGUUUGGCUUUAUUCCUGUGAUGCACUGCAUGAUGUUGCUGUUAUGAUUUGCACUUUAAUAAAUAUUUAUUGAAAAACAAUAAAUAGACAUUUAUAAGGAUAAAA